UGUUUGUUCCUCUCUUUCUGUUUCUCUCCGUCCUUCACUCCCUCAACCGCACUGACGGCCUGCUUGCGACAGUAGCCAUGCGUGGAGCCGUUGUUCAAGCGUGAACAAUGGCGGUCACGGGAACCCUAGUUCGAUGACAUAUCGACGGAGAAAGCGUCGCUGUGAUUCUGUCUCUCGCAGUUGUCGAGCACGCGAUUUCGCCUUCUAAUUAAACCAGUCACGAGGUGCCUUUUGAGUCGACUCAAAAGUCUCUCGCCGUUGUUGAGUACGCGAUUUCGCCCUUAUAUAGCAGUCACGGAUCGUAUAGUUGUUCGUUCAGUAGCAUUCCCCGCCUGAUAGGAACCCGUGCAAGCUGGUAUCAGUAGUGUUGUCGACAUUAAGUCAAGCCGCGAAGUUAGGUCGUAGCCUAUUACUAUUUAGCGUUCUCAGCGUGAUUAUCGGCGUUUCACGUUUCGCGUCGCGGAUAGCUUCCCAGGAUAUAAAUCAGAAUUUUAAUAUUUCAUUAUCGACUCCUCUGGUAUACGGCAUUUAUUAUAAUUCCGAAAAAAAACACCCAGCGAAAUCGUAGACUACUGUAGUACACGGCACUAUAAUAUUUCUCCGGUCCAUGCAGCGUGGAUGUCGCGUAACUCGUGGUAGCGCGAUUGCCGGUCGCUUUGUGGCUUAGGUGCGCGUUCGGUAGGAGGUAGAAGCGGAGGCAUGGGGGGAUGCUUGAGCAUAGAGGAACAGUCGGUCAAAAUCACCAGCAAGAGCAGCAAGAGCAGCAAGAGCAGCAAGAACAGCAAGAGCAGUCAGCCAUGGAUGUCAGACCAAUCCACCGACGCCAACGGCAGCGAGUCGAUCCUGGCGUCCAACCUGCGGCGCUUCACGUACAAGGAGCUGCAAGUGGCCACCAACCGCUUCAAGGACGAUAGCGUGCUAGGCGCGGGCAGCUUCGGCAAGGUGUACCGCGGAGCCAUGGAGGAGUGGAUGGGCGAGCUGCCCAAGGGGGAGAAGCGGCCGCUGGCUAUUAAGAUGCUGGAUGAGGAGAGCUUCCAGGGGUUCGGGGAGUGGAUGGCGGAAGUGCUCUUGCUAGGCAGGCUGCAGCACCCCAACCUGGUGCGCCUGCUGGGGUACAGCACGGACAAGGACGAGGCAGUGCUCGUGUAUGAGCUGCUCGAGAACGGCAGCCUCGACUCCUGGCUCUUCCCAGACGACCACUCGGGCGAGUACAAGCACCGGCCGCUGACGUGGGAGGAGCGCGUGCGGAUAGCGUCGGACGCCACGCAGGGCCUGGCGUACCUGCACUCGGAGAACGUCAUUCACCGCGACUUCAAGUCAUGCAACGUGCUGCUGGACAAGGAUAUGCGCGCAAAGCUAACAGAUUUCGGCAUGGCGACCAUGGGACCGGAGUCCGGGCAGACGCACAUCUCCACGCGAGUUAUGGGCACCAUGGGGUACCUCGACCCCAAGUAUCUCGAAACAGGCCAUCUCACCCCAAAGAGUGACAUCUACGCUCUAGGAGUGGUUUACUUCGAGCUGCUCACCGGCCGUCCUCCCUCCUCUGGGGGCGACAACGACGAGUGCAAGCUCACCACGUGGGUGCGGUCCCACGUGGCGCAGCGCCGCCCGAACCUCGACGCAGUGAUGGACGAGCGGCUAGAGGACAAAUACUCGCGGGUCGGCGCGCAGAAACUACUCGUCCUCGCGAAGCACUGCAUCAACGAGGAUCCGGCCGGGCGGCCGCAGAUGGAGAAUCUAAUCAAGACUCUGCAGCAGAUCAUGACGCAGCCGAGCGGGGACGAGGGGAAUGGCGCUGGUUGGGGGAGAGGAGGGGGUGGGGGUGGGGGUGAGCCUGGUAUGCUGACACCACCCAGGACACCCACCACACCACCAACACGUUAAUCAGAUGGAUAAUAUAAUCAAGACUCUGCAACAGAUCAUGACACAGAUGACCCGGGACGAGGGGAAUGGUGCUGGUGGGGCGAGAGGAGGGGGUGGGGGCGAGCCUGUUAUGCCGAGGCCACCCAGGACACCCACCACGCCGACCCAUCGUUGACCCCGGGAAGGAAGGCGAUUGUUGAGGUGCCUAUUACCUAACAUAUCGACACUUUGACCCAGGGAUGGAAGGCGUGUUGUGCAUAAAGUGAUGGAGUGAGGUUGUGAUUGCGGAGAGGGAGAUGCAGGAGGGGUGGUUUGGCUGGAGGCAGCCAGCCACUCCCUCUGGUGGCUGAUAGGUAUUGCUGGUGUGAGCCUAUCAGAUUGUAGAAUUUAAGCUCGAAUGUGGGCAAAAAGCACACACUUGCGGGCGAGAGGUGGUUGUGAUGUGAGACGUGUGCUAAGGGGCUCUAUCUAUCCCCCGCUUGUUGCUAUUUUGAGACUUCAUUGUAGCAUGUGGUGGAUGUUAUUCUAGGAUUUUGAGACUUCAUUGUAGCUAUAGGUAUGUUUUUUGAAUUCCUAGAUAUCUUGUGC